ACUCCACAAGAGCUUCGGAUGUGGGGUCGCCCCUCCAGCCAUGAGUCCAUAACUCACCUCACAGCAUUUACUGCACCAUCACCCAUCCUACAAACCUCCAUCACAUUAUCACCCAACAUGAUCAACUUCGGCAUCAUCGGAACAAGCUGGAUCACGCACUCGUUCAUCCGUGGCGCCCAAUCAAGUGGAAAAUGGAAUCUCGCAGCCGUGUACUCGCGGAAGGAAGAGACAGCAAAAGAGUUCGCCUCGAAAUAUGAGGGCCAGAAGGUCACUCUCCACACCUCGCUCGACGCCCUCGCAAACGACGCAAACAUCACCGCCGUCUACGUCGCGUCCCCGAACAUCCUACACUACGCGCAAGCCAAGCAGAUGCUCCAAGCCGGCAAGCACGUCGUAGUCGAGAAGCCAUCGUGCUCCACGGUCGAAGAGCUAGAGGACCUCUUCAAGCUCGCAAAGGAGAAGAAGGUCAUCCUCGUCGAAGCCUUCCGCCACAUCCAAGAAGCAAACUUCAAGAUCCUAAAGCAGAGCAUGGAGAAACUGGGCCCCAUCUACGGCGCAAGCAUCACGUACGCGCAGUACUCGGCGCGCUACGAGCAAGUGCUCGCCGGCGAGGUGCCCAACAUCUUCAACCUGGAGAUGGGCGGCGGCGCCCUCGUAGACCUCGGCGUGUACUGCGUAUCCGCGGCUCUGGACCUCUUCGGCGCGCCUGACAAGUCUACGUACUGGCCUGUUACAAUCGCCACGGGUUGCGACGGCGCGGGCAAGAUUAUCCUGCAGUACCCCAAGUUCAGCGUGUAUCUGUGCCACAGCAAGAUCUACCACUCGGAUACCGUGUCGGAGAUUUACGGCGAGAAGGGCACGCUGAUAUUCAGCUCGGUUACGGAUAUCGAGAGCGUGGUGUUUAGGGAUGCUAAGACGAAGACGAAGACUGAGUUGGCGGGGAAGAAGGAGCCUGCGGACUUGAAUCUCAAGGAGGAGGCGGUUGAGUUUGCGAGGCUGAUUGAGGAGGAGGAUUGGAAGAGCAUGGAGAAGUAUGAGACGCUUAGUAUGGGUAUUCUCAAGGUGCUGGAGAAUUCUAGGAAGGAGAAUGGGCUGUUGUUCCCCGGUGGAAUAUAGAUGAGACGCUGGAGAAAGAAGAAUAGACCUGCUAUUGAGUGAGUUAGGGGUACUACAGCAACCUCUGCGCAAUCAUCAGAUGUAGAUAAGAG